UCUCACUUUCCCUACACACCCUCUUCUUCUUCUUCUGCACCUCUCUUGGCAGCCGGAAUCUUGAAUCUUCCCGUUGUGCCCUUCCCAUUGAAUCCGCCGCCGACGAUCGUGUCCCACCAUCCUCGGGCGGCUUCGUCCUGCUCCCCCCAGCUUCUCAUUUCAAUGUGCAUACGGAGAGUUGGCGGUUAGUUUUCGAUCGGUUCGAUUCAAUAAAUGGGGAAGAAAGCGAAGAAGAAGGCCAGGACUCCUGUCAGUGUCAGGGAAAAGCGGGUUCCUAACCAUAUCCAGAAAACUGUGCCCCCACCGGACGUUGCUGAGAACGAGGUUGCCAAAGGCCAUCCGGUUCAGAAUGAGAGUAAAACCUGUGCCCACCUGGAAAAGGGUUUUGAUUUGAAUGCUUUGUCUGAAAAGAUCGGAUCUUCUGAAUCGGUAAAGUGCGAGGAUUGUAGAGAAAGUGUAGCUGAUAGGAGAGGGAAUAAGGGAAAGGGUAAACAGGGGAAGAAGAAAGCUGGCGCUUCUACGGACUCGAAGUCCAAAGCCAUAUGGAUUUGCUUGGAGUGUGGGCAUUAUGCCUGUGGAGGGGUCGGUUUUCCGACGACUGCUCAAAGUCAUGCUGUUCGGCAUGCCCGGCAAACACAACACCCCUUGGCAAUCCAACUUGAAAAGCCUAGCCUUCGGUGGUGCUUUCGAUGCCGUGCACCAAUACCGAUUGAGAAAAUUCAAGAAAAUGUCGAACAGAAGGAUGAUCCGCUUGCGGAAAUUGUGAAGCUAAUUAAAGGGCGGUUUACGCAAGCGCCAUCUGUAGAUGUUGAAGAUGUUUGGUUUGGAAGUGGCAGUGGCAGUGUUACCAGCGAAGUGAAUUUGACAAGUAGUGUCUCCGGCUGGUCAGACGGAAGAGGUGGUUAUGUAAUAAGAGGAAUGGUUAAUCUUGGGAAUUCUUGCUUUUUUAAUUCAGUCGUGCAAAAUCUUUUAGCCUUAGAUAGGCUAAAAGAUUAUCUUGGGAAGUGGGACACAUCUAUUGGACCUCUCACUAUUUCGUUAAAAAAACUUUUUUCAGAAGUAACGAUGGAAAAUGGAGUGAAGAAUGUGAUUAACCCCCGAUCCUUAUUUGGAUGUAUCUGUUCCAAGGCUCCUCAGUUUAGAGGAUAUCAGCAGCACGACAGUCAUGAAUUGCUUCGUUGCUUACUGGAUGUGUUGUCAACUGAGGAGUUUGACAUGAAAAAACAGUCAAGACUUCACCAAGAGGGUGGAGUUCCUCAUAAUCAGAAUGUGACUUUUGUCGACGCUGUCUUUGGGGGCCAGAUAUCAAGCACCGUUUGCUGUGUUGAGUGUGGGCACUCAUCUACUGUGUAUGAGCCAUUUCUAGAUCUCUCAUUGCCUGUUCCCACCAAGAAACCUCCACCUAAAAAGAACCAGCCUAUUUCUCGAGCAAAGAAAGCAAAAGUACUGCCCAAGAAAGGUGCACGGACACGACCAAAGGUUAACAAAGAUUCGGAAUCCAUUACAGCUCAUAGUGUUUCCAGUGCAUCAGCGAGUGCACAAUCUACCACACCUCCUAUAGACACUGUUGCUUCGUCGAGUGAUUCUAGGAUUGAAACUUCUACUGGCUCAGGUGCUGUAGUUAAUGGCAAAGUUAGUUCUUCACCAGAUCACUUAGCUAUCAAAGAGCAUGAUAACACACCUCUCUCUGGAAAAGAGACAGACACGAUAGCUGCUUCUACAGAAGAUUUUACAUGGUUAGAUUACCUUGAUCUUGGUGUUACUGAUUUUGAUUUGCAAGAUACUAAUUUCGGGCCUGUGGAAGCAUCCGGAAAUAGAGACACUGUUCUUGAUGAAUGGGCUGCAGGUUCACAGGAUAUGUCUACGGCUAAAGUGGACACUGUUAAAGAGUCCAAGAGUGAGCAGGUCUUUGAGAAAGAGUUGGAACAGCAUGCUGUUUCAGCGGAUGAUUCAACAAGGUUGGACUAUCUUGAUUCACAACCAGUAUCAAGUGAAAUUAAUUUUUCUUCACAAGAUAAUGGGUGUAGACAGGUCCAGGGAGAUGGUAUUGCAGAUGUGGCUGAUCAUGGCUCACAACAAAAUCACUUUUUUAGUGAUAGUAUUAAUGAAGCAACUGAUUUAAAAGAGGAAAUAUCUUCCAAAAAUUCUUGGGAAGAUGAGACACCAUUGCAGGUCCAAGAAUCUGAAGUCCUGUUGCUUCCGUAUGAAGUAAACACGUCAACUACGGGCGACAACACCAGAGAUGGUGUGACAUCUUCGAUGGGCUUCACACAGGACGAAUCAGAAUUUGAUGGCUUUGGUGACAUGUUCAAUGAGCCUGACAUUGUUUAUGGGCCUGUUGCCGGUCCCUCUUUAGGUGAUGAUAAUUUUCAGACAAAUGAAGUAGCAGACUCUGGCUUGAUGGCCGGAAACAGCAGCGAGUCUGAUCCUGGUGAAGUUGAUCAUUCAGAUUCCCCUGUAUCUAUUGAGAGUUGUUUGACUCACUUCACUAAAGAUGAACUUCUUUCUAACGAUAAUGCUUGGCACUGUGAGAAAUGUUCAAGAACUCUGCGACAACAGCAGCUUGAAUCCAAGAAGAAGCAGGCAAAAUGUGUAGCAAGCUUAUGCGCUAAUGGAUGUGAGAGAGGAAGCCAAAUCAUUUCAGCUGAUUCAAGUUCAGAAUCCUGCUGUCCAGCUGAGGCCCAAAAGCUUAGCAAUGGAAUUAGCGAAAAUGAUGAUCACUCCAUCGACAUUAAUCACAAAGAAGUUGUCGUUCAAAAUGGGAAGCUAGAUACACCGUCUCAUGUGAGCUCAAGUGAUCAAGCUACUGGGUCUUGUGCAGGUGAUGAACCUAGUUGUACUGGACCGAUUAUGGCAAAACUUCAACAGGUCAAUCACGUGUUGGCUACAAAAUGCGAAACGGAGAUAGUUGACGAUGAGGCAGAUUCAGGAGCUGUGGAAGUGAAGAGAGAUGCAACUAAAAGGGUCCUCGUACACAAAGCUCCACCAAUCCUUACCAUUCACUUAAAAAGAUUCAGCCAAGAUGCUCGUGGUCGUCUAAGUAAAUUGAGUGGUCAUGUCAUUUUCAGAGAAACAAUUGAUCUGAGACCAUUUAUGGAUACAAGGGGGGAGGACAAAGAAAAGUGUGUCUAUCGUCUCACUGGUGUUGUGGAGCACAUGGGGACCAUGCGUGGGGGCCACUAUGUCGCCUACAUACGCGGAGGUGAGAAGAGCAAAAACGGAGUCGGGGCUUCCGUCUGGUAUCAUGCCAGUGAUGUGUAUGUGCGUGAAGUCACGUUAGAAGAAGUUCUUCGCUGUGAGGCAUACAUCUUAUUUUAUGAGAUAAUUUGAAUCCAACCUACAUUUUUGUUUUGAUAUAUCAUUCUUGAUUCUUUGUCCCUCAAGAGCAUGUGGGCCUUUCUGGAGGGAGAUACACGAGAGAAGGCAGAGAGAGAAUACAUAGGCUGAGUGAACAACAGGGUUGUCAUUUACCCUGAAUUAUAUAGCUACUGUUUUUUUUUCUUUGAGAUGUAAUGAGCUGCAAAAUGCGUACUCGUGAGAUUAUUUUUGGGAAAGUUUUCACUGAAUUUUUCUAU